ACAACAGCCACGGUAAAACUAUUACAAUAAAUGGCAUAAAAUACUUACCUAAAAAAAAUACUUACUUAAAACUAAUCUGUUAAAAUGUUUUAAAACAAACAAAGUGUGCAAAAUAUAGAUGCACAUUUAGUAAAUGCAUCACUUUAACUUCCAGCAGUUGGAGCAAUUUAAAAAAUGCUUAAAAGUGGAUUAACACUGGUAGAACAAAGAGAGAUGAAUUGAGACAGAUUGGAGCAUAAAAGUGUGACAAAGGACAGAUAACGAAAAAUGGAUCGGCACACAGAGUCUCAGGUCACUUCUCAGAUUCUGGAGAUUUUUUCAGACCCUGAAUCUGAGAUACACGACAUAACUACAACACAUAGAGAAAGUAAAUCUAACUAGGUUUCAGUAAUGUCCUGUUAAGUAUACAGUAAAGGAAGUGCCAUGAGUCAGACAAUAUAUACAUAGAAAAUAAGAUUUUUCUCUUGUUUACAUUAGUAAACUGUUUACAUUAGUGAUAUAUAUGGGUAAUAUUUAUACUACAGGAGAAGAAUUGUAACAAAGUUAGCAAAUAUUGCUUGAAAAACACUUUUGGAUCCAUAUGUUGUUUAGAAAACCAGUGGACACUCGAGCUGUCAGUGUAUGUAAUUGAAUACAAUGUUUUCAAAGGCUGACCUGCUUUGACUAGGCCUCACCACGUUCUCUGCACUUCCACUUCUUACUCUGACAAAGAAAAUAAUUGAACACGUGAUAAUUAUGAAUACUUACAAGUAUUGGGUUGGCAGUCUACUACUACUACUUACAAUUACAGGGACGUUGCCUGCAGUACCAAGGUACUACCGAUGUAACGGCAAAGGACCAGAGAAAAGUUUCACUUGCGGGAUAUUCAACAAUUUCGAAGGUGGGCUGUUCUUUGCUGAGCCCAUGAGAAACAGGAAGUUUGUAACUAUGAUGGACGGAUUCCAAAUCAAAUAUGGAGAUACGAUCACAGGUUUACUCUCUGUGGCGCCACUAAUGUCAGAGGUAAUCUGGGUGACAUCCACACUCAUCAGUCUAGGUGUAACCAUGGCUGUAAUUCUGGACCUGUCCUACUCACUCAGCAUCUGGAUCUCUGCAGCUGUGGCCAUCGUGUACACCCUGCUCGGAGGCCUUUACUCUGUGGCCUACACUGACAUUAUCCAGCUUAUCCUCAUCUUCAUCACCUCGUGGAUGUGUGUUCCUUUCCUCCUCAUAAGUCCAGCAUCAGUGGACAUCACCACCACGUCCUUUAACUACACCUUUCAACCACCCUGGGUUGGCAACGUGACAGCAGACAGAGCUUGGAUAUGGAUUGAUAUCUUCCUGCUGUUGAGUUUGGGGGAUUUGGGAUUUCAGGACUUCCACCAGAGAACGCUUUCCGCCUCGUCCUCCGCCACGGCUAAGCUGCGUUGUUACUGUGCAGCCUUCCUCAUCCCCACAUUUGGGAUUCCUCCGGUGAUCAUUGGAGCUGUAGCUGCAUCAACAGACUGGAACCAGACUUCCUAUGGUUCUCCUUCUCCAUCUGAACAAGGUCAAACUGGUCUGAUUCUACCUCUCGCUCUUCAACAUCUUACUCCACCCUACAUCUCAGUCAUUGGCAUUGGGGCUGUGGCUGCUGCUGUGAUGUCAUCAACAGACUCUGCCCUGCUAUCAGCAGCAUCCAUUUUUUCUUCAAACAUCUACAAAAAGAUCAUAAGGCCCCAGGCGUCGGAGAAUGAGAUGCGAUGGGUUAUCCGAGCAUCUGUGGUUUUUUUUGGUCUGCUCGGCACAUUGCUUACUUUCCUGCACACCAGUGUUAUGGCCUUCUGGAUCCUGGGUGGAGAAAUUGCCUACAUCCUCAUGUUGCCACAGCUGGUCUGUGUCCUGUUUGUCGGAUUCUCUAACAGUUACGGAGCCAUCGUGGGAUUUCUGAUGGCAUUACUUCUGAGACUGCUCUGUGGAGAAUCCCUGCUUGGCAUCCCACCCACCAUCCAUUUCCCAGGAUGCAUCUUGGUGGACGGUAUUUAUGUCCAACAUGCCCCCAUCAGGACAAUAUGCAUGUUAGUGUCCUUCACCACCAUCCUCCUCGUGUCCUGGCUGACAUCCUUGCUCUUUGAUAGAGGAAUUAUGUCAAGGAAAUAUGACAUCCUUCGAAUCAAACUCCAACCAAUACCUCAAACUGACCUACCUCAGACUGGCCUACCUAAAAACAAUGAUGAGAACAAUCUAGAACCUCUAUGUAACAAUGCUGGACACUCAUGUCCGCAGACUGAAUCUUCAUGUUAAAGGACUCAGUAUUGGCUUGCACCGGUUAAUGUUGCUAGAAUAUGAAACUUUUUUUAAUUAAAGACUUUGUGUAUAAUAAAAUGUGCAUUAGAAGGUUGUAUGUGUAAAGGUGUCAUUGUAUACCAGAGCCUGAUCUUAAACUCGUGGCUGAUUCUCUGUCAUAUUUAUGUGAAGGGCUCUUUUCUUUAAUGAAUCUCCUCAAACCUCAUCAUAAAUGUUGUGUAAAAUGAAAACCAAAAUAUAUGAAAUAAAAUAUAAAAUAUAAAAAGUGGUGAGCAAAAUGUCCUUUAAAUCUGGGAAUUGAUCGUGUCUUCUGCCUAUUGCUACCGUCUCUAGACCAUACAUCAUGGCUGGUCUCACCACCGUCCUGUAAACCUUUCCCUUCACCUUAGCUGACACUCUUCUGUCACAGAUCACUCCUGACACUUUU